GGUCACUUCCGGAGCGCGUGCGCCGCCGCCUGCUUAGCGUCACGUCCUCGUCGAAUGGCGCGGCGGGACCCGGAUGUUGAUUGCCUCGCCGCGGUGGUUUGAGAGUUGGGGGCAGCGGCGGCUGCGUGAGGACUCAGAGCCAUAAUGUCAAAACGCAAGGUGACCUUUGAGGACCAAGGCGAUGAGGAUGAGGAGGAAAUGAACUUGCCAAAAAAGAAGCUGGUGGAACCUGCAGUUGGAGGACCAGGCAGCCGCUUUAAGGGCAAGCACUCACUGGACAGUGAUGAGGAGGAUGACGAGGAGGAAGGGCGAGGCAGCAAAUAUGACAUCCUUGCAUCAGAUGAUGUAGAAGGGCAGGAAUCUGCAACUAUCGACUAUGAAGAUGGUGUCCGCAUCACUCCAUUCAAUUUGCAGGAGGAGAUGGAAGAAGGCCAUUUUGAUUCAGAAGGCAACUACUUCUUGAAGAAAGAGGCAAUGAUUCGGGAUAACUGGUUGGACAAUAUAGACUGGGUCAGGAUAAAGGAGCAGCGUCCUGGUCAGAAGAAGCCGCCGCUAGAUUCUGCCGAUGAAGAUGAGGAAGAGGAUAUUGAAGUCGGACGGGCACCUUUGGACAAGAAGGCGCUGCUGGAAGGGAUGGUGGCCUUGGUGCUGCCUGGCGAGACGGUGGCCAGGGCCAUCCAGAGGCUCGGAGACAAGGGCGGGCCCAAGAACAGCGGGCGUCAGCGGAGGCCUUGGAGCCGCCUCAAGGCCGAGGAGGCAGAGCCAGCCGAGGAAGGAGAGCCCCAGAAGCCCGGGUCGCCAGAACGGAAAGAGCAGCUGGAGCGCCUCUCGGGGCUGGCUGACCAAAUGGUGGCGCGAGGCGUGUAUGAGAUCUACCAGGAGACCCGGGAGAAGCUGGCACUGAGGCUCCGGGCACUGGAACAACCUCCCGCAUCCGCAGCUGAGCCGGAAUUCGAUAUGUUUGCUGAGGAUAUUGAUGAAGCGAAACUGGGGGAGAAGACACCAGCGAUGGGAAGUGAGGAGCAAAAGCAGGGCGACGACGAUGCUCUCUCCGAGGUCAUGUGGGAAUACAAAUGGGAGAAUACAAACACGUCUGAACUCUAUGGCCCCUUUAGCAGCUCCCAGAUGCAGGACUGGGUAUCCCAAGGCUAUUUCCCCGAUGGGGUUUACUGCCGGAAGGUGGAGAAUUCAGAGGGCCAGUUCUACAAUUCCAAGCGCAUUGAUUUUGACCUCUACACGUGAUCGGAACCCGCCUCCUGCCCCACAGAGCACAAGAGAUGCAACUCAACACAGAGGCAAACUGAAAGAACUUGCCGGACUUUAGGGGGUGGGGGCCAGGGGAGAAGAGGCGUGUGUGUGUUUUUGUGUGCGUGUGUUUGCAGAGGGGAAGAGGGAGAGGUUUGAUUUGCCAUCUCAUUCUGAAGUUGCUACGCAUUUUGUGAGAAAUAAAAAGAAUCAACCUUAAAUUGGCUGGGUUGGUUAUUGUUUCCCAGCUGACGAUUCCUGUGAGUUGGGCAUAGGAUAGGGAUUGGCAUGCAGCCUUCUGCAGGUGAAACUCGGAAAAUUAGAAUAUCGUUGAAAAGUGCAACUUAUUAUUUUUUAUUUUUCUUUAAAUUUUUACAAAUGCUUUCUUUUGGAAAUUCCACAGUAAUAAAACAAAUACCGGUAGUUACAAUAAUACAAAAAUAAACAUCGGUAUUACAUUUCAUUAAUUACAUUCCAUUUAUAAUUGACCCGCCUAACGACAAAUAAUUACAGUAGUACCUCUACUUAUGAAUUUAAUGCGUUCCGAACACACAUUUGUAAGUUGAAAAAAAUUGUAAGUCGAAUCCCAUAGGAAUGCAUUGGGAGAAAAAAUUCGUAAGUCGAAGCAACCCUAUUUAGAAAUUCGUAAGUAGAAAAAAUCCUAUCUAAACCGCAUCCAAGAUGGCGGACGGAGCUCCAUUUGUAAGUAGAAAAAUUCGUAAGUAGUUAUUUGUAAGUAGAGGUACCACUGUACAACAAAUAAAGGCUUGACAUAUCUUGCUUUGCAUGUCAUGCAUCUAUCUCAUAUAUUGGUUUCACCUUUUAAGUUGCAUUACUAAAAUAAAUGCACUUUUUGACGAUAUUCUAAUUUUCCGAGUUUCACCUGUAGCUGUCAGUUCUUUUCUGCUCCUCAAUGCUUCCAGUAGCAUCUUAAGUGAUGGGGAGGAGAGAAUAUCAUACACAAGCAAAUAGAAGAUUUGGGGGGGAGGUAGAGAGGGUAAAACUAGUCGCCAUUCAGUGACAUAGUUCACUGUACUACCAUCUUGCACAAUAUUUGGUGGAAAGAUUCUGGUUUACUUUGUGUCUAUUACUAUUUUCGUCUGUAGGGAUCGGCUUAAAGGGGGCCUUUUUUUACCCAAACUUACUCAUGACUCGUUUUAUUCAUUGCUCUUCAGCUCCUUUAUACUACCCAAUUCCUUGUUAAGAACCUCAUGAGAAGGCCAUGCUUUAAAGUGUGCCCCUCCCCCUUUCAUCUACACCAGGCAUCCCCAAACUGAAGCCCUCCAGAUGUUUUGGCCUACAACUCCCAUGAUCCCUAGCUAACAGGACCAGUGGUCAGGGAUGAUGGGAAUUGUAGUCCAAAACAUCUGGAGGGCCGAAGUUUGCGGAUGCCUGAUCUACACCCAUUCCUCUUAGGUCUUACAGGGUAGAGUGUUUAGGCAAAUCAGAUGGCGGCUUCCCUUUGUAAUACACACUAGUCCAGAGCCCUUAAAACAAGACACGUAUUUUUGGUACAUGCACAGAUUUUUUAAAAUGGACUACUGCAGAAAUUAAAGCCAACAGCAAAAUAAAAACAACUUUUAGAUGUUGGCUACAUACAGAUAUUUUGGUGUUCUGAAAGGGCAGCAAGUUUAUUAAUUAUUACAGUAAUUUUUUAGUCGGGGAGAGGUGAUCACGGGAUUUCCUGCCACAAGCGCAGAAAAUAAUUUGACCAGCUUUGGAUACUAUGCAACUUGACUUGGGGAUGGGGUGGAGAGAUUUCUGCUCCGCCUGAGGCGACAACAUGCUUUGUGCUGUUCCUGUUCAUAAGGAAGAAACCUCAUUUUCAAGAGGAUGCUCGGAAAGGGGGUGGCUUUAGUUUCUGUGAUGCUGGUCCAGUCAGUUAUCCAGUAGAUCAGAGCUCAUUUAAGAUCUUGUAAGUCGGCCACCCAGCACAAUUGUCCCACACUCAAGUAAACAGUGGCAUUACUUCCUCGGAAGCUAGAAUUCCCACAAUACAGUAUAUUUAUUGUGGGCUCUUAUCUUUAAAAGAUGAAAACAUCCCACUAGCAGGCUCAGACGUAUGGAUAACGGGUUAAUGUUCUGACGGUGAGAAACAAGCCACCAAAAUAGAGGUUUCGUAGUCUGAAGUCCACAUUUCCUCAAGACAGCAGGCAUGAGGCCAGAUAUGGGGAAUCUAGCGCUCUGGAUAUUAGAUUACUACCCCAUCAUUCCUGGUGAUUUUGCCAUGCUGAUGGGAUUUGGGAGUCCAGCACCACAGGUUAGCCCGCCCCCCCUUCCUUUAAGAUGUCUUACUGGAAAACAUCCCCUAAGCACAGUUUUCUGUGUCUAUUGAUGGGUCGCCCUCUAGGAAGCACAUCUUCAAAGUGAUGACCACCCUGUGUUUGCCCCCAGCACCUGAUAUGCAGGGAUAUACUUUCGCUGAACAUUGGACAUUCAGUGGCGAGAAAAACUUUGCCUGUUGGGUUUUGUCUGUCCAAUGCAACUGUGGAAUGGAAGCAAGCCUCUGGGAAAAGAGGCAGCCCUGCUCUGUUAAUUUAACACUCUCUAGCAUUUAAUGUUGGGUGUGGUUUGUAGGUGGCGCAAAUCAGAGAUUCAUGCUGAAACUCAGGGGGGAACGGAUACUGGUGUGGCAAUAAUAGGAAAUGAGAUGCCAGACUUUGCAGCAGCGCAGUCCCCAUGCACGUCGGCCGCAGAGGACUCGGUGAAGCAACAGCAUGGAGCCUGCCGUCGAAACGAAAUGGAUCCUCAAAGCUGCUUUCCUUCUCUGCAUUGGCUGGUGUACGUACUGGAGCUCUACUUUGGCUUGUGGGGCAGGUGUACUGAUCCCAAAGGAACUGGCUUUGGCUUGUUCCUGUGUCUUUAACAGCAAGUUGAUCUGCAGCAACCAGCAGGUGAACCUGUUCUCAACUUUGAGAAAAGUAGUGCCACCUGCUUACAACUGUUUUAAAAGGCACAGGAAACGGGGAUGGGGUUUUUUUUUGUUAAAGUUGGAGCCAUCAGGAGUGGGGCAGCUGGUUGGGCUGCAGGUAAACUGAAUCAGGGCUAACAAGGGGGG